CCUUGUCAGUCGUAAACAAAAUUAACGCGGAGGCCUUAACAUCGUAGUGUAUGGUGUGAUUGACCGUAGUAUUUGUCCCGUUUUGUAUAGUGACUAUUGCCGCCAUCUUUUUCGUUUGGUAUUAUUAACGUUUUAUUGUGAAAUUUCUUAAUAAGUUAAUUUGUGUUGUUUAUCUUAUUCAUUUCCGACAAUUUUCGUCUUUAUACAAAUAGUUCUAGAACUAAAUUAGCUCGUGUUCUUAGUUAAAAAAGGUUAGUUUUAAAUCUUAAUUCUAUAUAAUGGCAUACAGUCGUCGUAGUGGUGGUGGCGGCGGUGGAUAUAAUGGCGGAUCCGGUGGAUACAGUGGUGGAGCUGGAAGAUUCAACAGCGGAGGAGGUACUGGUAGUGGAUAUAGACCUGGAGUGAAUCCCUGGCAAUCAGGUCCUGGUGGUGGCGGUCCUGCAGUUGGGGCUCGUCAAGGGCCUCAGCAAUAUUCUAUGGCUAGUAAUCUUCUCAAUAAAAUUUUUAAUAAUUCCGCGCCAUCUGGUUCUGGUGGAUAUGGAAGUAGAGGUAAUUGGGGUGUUGUAUCAGGUGGACCUCCACCUCAAAGAAUUAUGGGUUCUUCAAUGCGCAGUGGCCCACCCGGAGGAUACGGCAAGAGACCACCAAGUAGAUUUUCUGGUGGUAACCGUAAAUCUGGCAAAGAUUCUGAGAAACGUAAAUCUACAAGCAAUGUGAAAUCUAAUAACGAAAAUAAUAAUGCAAAUAACAAAAAAGGAAAUGAACGAACUAAAGAACAGAUGGAUGCAGAUAAAAAAGAGUCUUAUGCUGGAGUUCCAAGUGCAGUACUUUACUGUCAUGUGUGUUCAAAACAUAUGUGGGAUUCAGAGUCAUUUGAAAAGCAUGUUAGAGGUAGACCUCAUGAACUUAUGAUCACCUACCUUGAUGAAGCAUAUAAAAUGAAGGUUGAUCUAAUGCGUCAUCAAAUUAAGGCAGUUGAAAACCAAAGGCAAAUAGAUUUAGAAAGAGUGACAAAUCAUACAAAGAACAAAUCUGGAGGUAAAUCAGGAAGUAACUCAAAUAAACCUCUCUUAAGAAGUUAUUGUCCUAUGUGUGAUGUUCGUUUUUAUGGUCCAUUAACUGGUCACAGAAAGAGUGACCGUCAUAGGAAAUUAAAACAGUUUUUACAUCCUGAAUGUAAACUUUGUGAUGCCUUAUUUCAUACAAGAUUGGAAAUGGAUGAACAUAAACUUACAGCUGGACAUCUAAAAAAAGUUGCUAAAGCUAGAAAAGAUGAAUUCCCAGAACUAAAAGAUGAUGAAUUUGAUUUAGUAGACAUGAUUAAAAUUGAAAUUGAAGAACAAUUAGAUGAUCAUGACCAAAUGCCUGUUGCUAAAAAAUAUGAAAUGCUUGGUGAUCGUGAUGCAGUCAAAGUUAAAUUGGAAAUGGAAGGAGGAACAGGCAAAGAAAUAAAAAAUAAGCCACAACCAGAAAAAGUUGAAAAUGAACAAGACAAAUCUGAAAGUGUAGCACCUACUACAGAAGAAGAAACUACUGCAACUAAUGAAGAAAUUAUUACUUCAAAUGCGGAAAAAGAAGAAGAUGAAGCUAAUGCUAAUGAAGAUGGAAAAGUAGAUGCUCAAGAUGCAUCAUCAGUAGCUGUUUAUGAUCCUAAUGUGGCAAUUGGAAAAGAAUUAUUAGUACCAAGUACUGGUUAUAUCUGUAGAUUAUGUGCAUGUUAUUUACAAGACUUAAAUGGGGUAGCUUUACAUUGUCAAACUGCGGCUCAUUAUAUAAACUAUACUACAAUGACAAAAAUGAAAGAUGCUACAUCAUCUAGUAAAAAACGUAGCAUUGAUGAAGUUAAAGAAGAAAGUCAAAAUGAAGGUAUUGAUGAGAUAAAACCAGAAGAAAAUGUUGAUGAAACUGAAGAACAAGCAUCUAAACGUAUAAAAUUAGAUACAGAAGAAGAAACCGAAAAAAUGGAAACAUCUAUCCUAGAAUCUGAUACUGCUGCUGAAGCUGCAAUUGAUUCUAAUAUUGUACAAGCAAUGGAAGUUCAAAAAUCAGAAGAAGAAAUACCCAAACAAGAAGAAAUUGAAGUCAAAGAAGAAGAAGAAGAAGAAGAAGAAGAGGCAGCAGCAAUACAACCACCACAAGUUGCUCAGCAACCAACUCCAACCAAAGGAGGUCGUGGUGGUCGAGGUGGUGGUAGAGGAAGAGGAGGUGGUGUAGCUCGUCGCGGUAGACGCUAAUUACAAUACAAAUUUUGUAAAAUAAGUUUGAUUAAUUAGUAAUUAUUGAUAAAAGUUUCAAUUAAUGAAUAAUAUAUCAUAAAAAAUUUUCCAUUUA